AUGCCCGUCAUCCCCGAGUCGUCCGAUUUCCCAUCUGCACCUCAGAAGGGCAAUGAGUCUGGAAAGACACAACCUGGUGACCAGAAUCCUGCUCUGGCAGCCUUUAAUUCAAAGGGGCCUCAGAUUCCAAACCCGAAUGAUUUGCCUCCCAAGGCUUCGAGGGAAGAGAUCGAGGCUCGAAUGAAGGAACUCAACAAGCCCUCCAACUGA